AUGUCUGCCUAUGUUCCUUCAUCAGCUUUCCAAGCCGCUGCUGCGUAUAUGUCUGGUGCACCAUCACUUUCUGCACUGUCGGAUACGAUAAGGCUAGAGCUUUACGGGCUCUACAAGUACCUUGUUGUUUCACCGAUACCGUCUACAUCUAGACCAUCGAUAUUCGAUUUUACUGGACGGGCAAAAUGGGAUGCAUGGCGUUCUAUUAGACAGAAAUACGGAGAUCGUGCGAAUGAGGCCGAAGAACGAUAUUUGGCCAUUGCUCGAGGGCUGGGCUGGAGUGAAGACGCAACAGUCGAGCAACCAUCCACUUCACAAGAAGAGGAAGAUAUCCGGGAUGAUGACUCAGUGGAAGCGUCAAGACAGAGCGGUGGACUCUCGAUGGGCAAUUCGGUGAGUGUAAUGGCGCAGCCGGAGGAUGAGAACAGCCCCGACGCUGUCAGCAAUAUUGCGAUAUCCGGUACGGCGGAAGACAUGGAGUCCUUCCUGCGUGCAAAUACCUCUUUCAAAGUUGAUACGAAGGAUGUAAACGGUUACACCCCACUGCACUUGGCGUGCGACCGAGGUAACAUAGGUGUUGCAGACAUACUGCUCCAGCGUGGUGCCAGCUGGCAAGUACCCGAUCCUGACGGCUAUAGUGCGGAAGAGCUCGCUGAAAUAGCGGAUCAGAGGGAGAUAGUGGAUCUAAUAGGGCGGGCGAAAUCUAAUAGGGCGGGCGAAAUCUAA